AUGACAAUUGACAUUGACAAUUGGGUUGGAGAAUGUGACAAGUGUCAACGGAAAGGAAAGCCGUUGGCAGCUGUUUUGCCCCUUGAAAACAUAAAGGUGUCAGCUGUCUGGGAACUAGGACGGGAGUUUGUAAAUGAGCUCAACAAUGAACUCUGCACCCUCCUACAUAUUGAGCGCAGUGUCACAGCUGCAUAUCACCCCCAAACAAAUGGUCUGGAUGAGAAGACAAAUCAUAACAUAAAGCAGGCGCUCACAACGCUUGUAAAUGACAGACAGAACAAUUGGGACACGUACUUGAAGGGAGUUUUGUUCGCGUUGCGAUCGAAAGUCCACACAUCCACGAAGCAGACUCCCUUUCGCCUGCUGUAUGGAAGGGAGGCCGUUUUUCCUGCUGAACUACCUGUGCAUGUGCCGCUGUCCAUAACACUCCCAGAGGAAGCAACAUACAAUGCGUGUAUUGAAGGCAGAGAAGAGGAAAUGAAGACGACACACUCCAAAGCAGAAAAAAAAAUGGCUCAGGCACAUGAAAAGCAGAGGCUUGCCUAUGCAAAAAAAACCUUGAAGAAAUAUAGAGCAGUGUCGUAUAGCAUUGGACAGGAAGUGCUUCUGUUCAACAUGAGGAAGAAGGGAAGAAAGGGGGGACGGAUUGAGCCAGACUUCAGUGGACCAUUUCACGAGAUGAUCCUGAUGUCGGCUGGCACUUUGUCACCAAACUGA